GCUUAAAUUCGCUUUACUUGUGCCUGCGUAAUUUUUUAAUUAAAAGAAGGCUGCACUUCUUCCACUUACUCUUUCUAUACUUUUCUCAUCCCUUUCAAAAAAAGAAUCAACAUGGCACCAGACCCAAUUGCUCCACACAGCGCUCCGAUUGCCGCGUACAUGAGCGUUCAUACAGCCACGAACUUGGCGUAUGUAAGAUACUUUGCAAACCAGGACUCGGCUGAAUCUGCUAAUUUCGAAAGCUUAAACUCUCGUGGAUUCACAAUGUCAUACAUAUUGCCUGGUGGUUCGAAGCAAGAGACGUUUAUUGGGUUCAAGACACCUUUGACCAAGCGGGAAGAAAUUCGGCCCGUACUGGAAGCAAUGGCUCAGGAAGCCGAAAAAGCACUUGGUCUUCCAAGCUCGCUUUCUGGACCACCACCAUUGGCUGCGAUUGCUAAAGCCGCUUAUGCCAGUGCCACCGACAUCUACACGCCCGCUGAACCCGCAGUUCCACUUGAUAUAUUUUAUCCUGUUUCUAUGAAGGAUGUUGUUGCUGUAGGCGUUGUUAUUGGGUUGCCUGCAAUUCUCGGCUAUGCAACAGAUGCUUCGCUUGCGCGGAUCUCGAUUCUGCUCGAACUGCGCGAGAAAUACGCUUUGCGAGGCAUUUGUCAACAAAUCUUCCGUGGAUUGGUCGCCGUUCACAGUCUGGAAGCUAGCAUUGCUUUCAUUACAUGUUUGCGGCGUGGAUGGUAUAGCUCAUUCAACACCAUCAAGUGGACGUUAAGCACGUUUGUUUUUGGUGUUGGAUCCAUGUCAUUGCUUCGAAAACACGGUCGUCAAGUGCGAGGAGAGUGAAAUGUUGCUUGUAAUGAAUAAAAAAUGUAUUUAUUGAGAGGAUACUCCGUUAAUGGUAAAUUUGGGUGAUGCAUUGCCAGAGUCCCCCAUCAAUACGAUAAUGUAAUUAGACAUGGUUUUUAAAUCGGAUGGAAGGCUGAUGUUGUGUCCACCGCUGUUG